GGUACUUAUACAACGAAGGAAAAGCGGCGAACUACGACCAGUAAAAAAGACGUUCGUCACUGUUCCUGCCAUUUAGUUGUUAGGUUCAAUGCAGAUGGAACCGUAAUUGUCAAAGGUUGCCUCGGACAUGUGGGGCACGAGUUGGACCCCGCACUGCUCAGAUUCACCAGCAGGCAGAUUAUGUACCUCAAGAACCUCCUUGAAGAGCAUUCAAUGGACUACAUCAUCGAUAGGCUACGCAAGGAAGAUCCAACGAAAUCCUCAAAACUCUCUUUUGUGGUAAAGUCGGAUCUUCAUAAUAUAGUGAGACGUUUCAAUAUGACGCCGGGAUGGAGGCACAAUGAUGAUCAUUUUGACGGUGUGGCGAUGUGGACAGCGGAACGCUGUCAAGAAUUUGUGUCUUCAAAUUCUGACUUUGACAUCGAUACGGCCCACGACCGCAGAGAAGCACGAUACCAAAAGUUGAGCGACAUUAAGAGUACUUACGCUGCGGUUGAAGCUGCAGCCAGCUCGUUGGCUGAACUCGAUUCCAAUGAGGCACUAACGCAGCUUGAAAAAAUUUCGAGUUUCCUAAAACUCGCUGCGCGAAGUUGUGCAGCCUUCUUCAACCAGCAUGAUCGGUCGUCCGGAAUUGCUUGCAAAGGGUGGAAAACCGCAGAUGAAGAAGAUUCCGCUCUACCAGCGGGCAAGAUUGAAGAAACCAAGAAAGCCCGUGAAAGAUUUACAUGA